AUGGUGUAUGGCAAUUUAGAAAUGAUGGUGGCAAGUGGGUUACAUGGAUUUUCCUUGUCAUUGGGUUCAAAGAAGUCAUCCUUCCACCGUGACAGGAUUCCAUCUUCCUCAUUCUGUGGCACCAGAGUGAACUUGCCUCAUUCAAAGAAUAUAGCAUCUGGUUUUCCUCUAGGAAAAUUCUUGAGUGUUACACGGAGAAACACAACCAGAAAAUUUUUGGCUACUUCUACUCUUGCAGAUGUUGCAAAUGACUUUAUGGCCCUUCAAUCACCAAUACUUGCUGGAAGAGAAGCCAACCCAAAGACUGUUGCAUCCAUCAUAUUAGGUGGGGGAGCAGGAACUCGUCUAUUCCCACUUACUCAAAGAAGGGCUAAACCUGCUGUGCCAUUUGGAGGAUGCUAUAGGUUGGUGGACAUACCAAUGAGUAAUUGUAUUAACAGUGGAAUUAAUAAAAUUUAUGUCCUCACACAAUAUAAUUCUCAGUCCCUAAACCGCCACAUUGCUCGAACGUAUAAUUUGGGAGGUGGGAUUAACUUUGGAGGUGGUUUUGUUGAGGUAUUGGCAGCAACUCAAACACCUGGGGAAUCAGGAAAGAAGUGGUUUCAAGGUACUGCUGAUGCUGUUAGACAAUUUCUUUGGUUGUUUGAGGAUGCUGAUCAUAAAAAUAUAGAGAACAUUCUGAUAUUGUGUGGUGAUCAGCUCUAUAGAAUGGAUUACAUGGAACUUGUUCAGAAGCACGUUGAUUCAAAUGCUGAUAUAUCUGUAUCUUGCCUCCCAGUGGAUGGCAGUCGGGCCUCUGAUUUUGGAUUAGUGAAGGUUGAUGAAAGAGGACAUAUACGCCAGUUCUUGGAAAAACCCAAGGGCGAAAUGUUAAGAUCUAUGCAUGUAGAUACGAGCAUUUUUGGACUAUCAACUCAAGAAGCAAGGAAACUUCCAUACAUUGCAUCAAUGGGUAUAUACGUGUUUAAAAUAGAUGUUCUGCUGAAACUUCUCAGGGGCUGUUAUCCUAAUGCAAAUGAUUUUGGAUCCGAGGUCAUUCCAAUGGCUGCAAAAGAUUUUAAUGUCCAGGCAUGUCUUUUCAAUGGUUAUUGGGAAGAUAUUGGGACUAUAAAAUCUUUCUUUGAUGCGAACUUAGCUCUUAUGGAUCAGCCGCCCAAGUUUCAGUUAUAUGACCAGUCCAAGCCUAUUUUUACAUGUCCUCGGUUCCUACCACCAACUAAAAUGGAGAAGUGUCAGGCAAUUAAUUCUUUGGUUUCAGAUGGUUGCUUCUUAAAAGAGUGCAUCGUUGAACAUUCCAUUGUGGGAGUUCGCUCUAGACUUGAUUCUGGAGUGCAGCUAAAGGAUACCAUGAUUAUGGGUGCUGAUUAUUACCAAACAGAGGCUGAAAUAGCUUCUCUUUUAGCAGCAGGGAAUGUUCCAAUAGGCAUUGGGAAAAAUACCAAAAUUGUGAAUUGUAUAAUUGACAAAAACGCAAGAAUUGGAAACAAUGUAAUUAUUGCAAACAAAGAAAAUGUGCAGGAAGCAGACAGACCCACAGAGGGGUUUUAUAUUCGAUCAGGAAUCACGGUUGUGUUCAAAGAUUCUAUAAUAAGCAAUGGUACAAUCAUUUAACGAUGGGUGUGAAGUGGUGAGAAAUUAAAGCUUCAAAGGCAUCAAUGGAAGGUACAUGCCACCUUCAAUUUUUCACUCAGAAUAAACUCUAUGGUCCUAUAAAUAAGGGCUCAAGUAUCAAUUUUUGAAUCUUCCAUCAUGGAAUCAAGGAAGUACAGAUUCAUUUGACCCAAACAUUUUUUGUU